AUGGAUCUCAAACAUAGUCGUUCAGUGAAGCUGAAUGACGGAAACUUGAUGCCUGUGCUUGGAUUUGGCACGUUUGCUCCAGAUGGUAUUCCCAAAAGCAAAGUUACUGAGGCCACCAAAAUAGCCAUUGACGUAGGUUUCCGUCACAUAGAUGCUGCAUACUACUACCAAAAUGAGGAAGAAGUUGGACAGGCUCUCCGAGACAAGAUGGCUGAUGGAACUGUGAAGAGGGAGGAUUUAUUCUACACCACCAAGAUUUGGAAUACUUUCCACAGACCAGAGUUGGUUCGUCAGUGCCUGGAAGGAUCGCUGAAGAAACUUGGGCUGGAUUAUGUAGAUCUCUGCAUUAUUCAUUCCCCAAUUGCUAUGAAGCCUGGAGGGGAUCUUAUACCAAAGGAUGCCAGUGGGAAAAUUAUUUUUGACAAUGUGGACAUCCGUGAUACAUGGGAGGCACUGGAGAAGUGUAAAGACUUAGGUUUAACCAAGUCCAUUGGGGUGUCCAAUUUCAACCGCAAAGUGCUGGAAUUGAUUCUGAACAAACCAGGGCUAAAAUAUAAGCCCGUUUGCAAUCAGGUAGAAUGUCACCCAUAUCUCAACCAGAGCAAACUUCUGGAGUUCUGCAAGUCCAAAGAUAUUGUUCUAGUUGCUUACAGUGCCCUUGGAUCCCACAGAGACCCAAACUGGAUCAAUGAUAAUAGUCCAUACCUUCUGGAGGAACCUAUCUUAAAGACCAUUGCCAAGAAACACAACCGAAGUCCAGGCCAGGUUGCCCUGCGCUACCAGCUACAGAGGGGUGUGGUGGUUUUGGCCAAGAGCUUCAAUGAGAAAAGAAUCAAAGAGAACUUCGAGGUGUUUAACUUCGAAUUGACCCCAGAGGACACGAAAGAGAUUGAUGGCCUCAAUAGAAAUUUACCAUAUAUGAAACUGUCAUUUGCGGUGGAUCACCCUUACUAUCCAUAUUCAGAAGAGUAUUGAGCACGAGCUGUUAAACAUUACAGAGACUCUCCUCCCUCCAGACAAUGUAUAUCUGAAUUUGGUGGAGUGGUUGAGAAGCAAGAUUUCUGCCUCCAGGUGCUUGUCUAAUGUCAGAAAACUAUGAACGUCAAAUGAUGACAUUUAUUUUUCCUGAUGAUUAAAAAUAACAUAUAAAUUACAGAGAACAAAAGAAAA